AUGGAGAAAUAUCCAAAUUAUGUACCCCCUUUGCCAGUUGGAUUUGGUUGGAGUGAAGAUGAGGAGGAUGAUUUUACUGACCAGCCUUCUUCUACUUACCAACUAACAACUCCUUCAUUUUCACAUUUUCAAUUAGAACCAAAUACUUCAUUAAACAACAAAAAUAAUUUAAAUAAUAAUUACAACACUUCAAAUAAAAUGUUACAAAUUGAAGAAUUGGUUGAGAAAAAUAGGCAAGCUGAUCAACAAGAUUUAAUUAAUUUGGAACAGUCUGGAAUUGUUAUUUCAUUUGAAGAAAAUACUAGUCUUUCUUGCCCUUCUUCUACUAGUCCUUUAAAUUCUAAUUUAAAAUAUCACCCUCUACCUUUACAAUCAAUUGCCUAUGAUUAUACUUGUCUUCCUUUGCGAAUAGUGGAGCAAGAACGUAAAUUUUUACCUUUGAUUGGAGAAAUGAGCUCUCCUUUUCUUCGGCCAAUACUUGUUGAUGGAAUUGGAUUAAUUAAAGCUUAUUGGGAAGGUUGUAGUGAAGAUGAUGAGGAUGGAAAUAAUGGCAAUAUUUCUUAUUUACGAGAUGAUGAUAGAAGUUUCCCAAUAAUUCCAAUUAUUCGAUGUUUAUUUUACUGGAUUUCUCGUGGCCAUUUAACAAAGCUUUGCUUCCCAAUCGAUUAUAACCCAAUUGCGAAUCGACAAGAAUAUGCUGUAAAUGAUCAAAAUCUUAAAACUUUAAAACAAUUGGAAACUUUUGGAAUUGCUUUAUUUUUUGAUUCUAAUUCUGUUAAUUGGUUUGCAGAUAAAAAAGAUUCAAUACGCGCUUGUUUAAUUACUUCUAUGGUCCAUUAUGUAGAGGGAAUGCCUUCUAGUCUUCGACGACAAAAUUAUAGCUACAAAACUUGGAAUGAGACCCAUAUGUGUUCAGAACGUACUUUGCAGCCUUAUUAUGGUCCUAGAGGUGAUUUAGUAUUUUUCUCCCCAAUCAAAGGAGUUAAAAAAGAAUUUGUGACAGACACUGUUCUAGAUAAUGAUAUAAAAACUGAAGAAGAAUUUAAACAAUUUGAACGUUUUCAACUUCGAUUUAUUAAUCAAGCAAAACAUUUAAAAAUUCUUUAUGAUUUACUUCCAAAAGAAAAACGGGCACAAGAAGCACAUGUAAUGGUUGCUUUAUUGAAUAGACUUGAAUGGCAUUUAACUCAUUGAAAAGUAUUUGAUAUAUUUUUAAAAAUUUAAUUACGAGUAUAUAUUUAAUGCA